AUGCCCAAUGCCCAACACCAGACGCUGAACGCUGAACGCCACACGCCCGGCAUGGUCACGUCCAAGACUUGGAAGCGCUUGCGUCUCCGACUCUGGCCGUCCCGUCUCGCCCUGCGCUACAAGACCGUCAUCAUCAUCAUCUUGGUGUUCAUCGCCAGCUUCACGCUCUGGCACGAUGCCAAGCUUGGGAAUGUUCAUCUUCCACUCAGGACCAACACCAGGGCCGCGACCAGGCAUCCUGUCCGGCAGCUCAUGGUCGAGGCCAUGGCCCGUCACAAUGCCCUCCUCGCCAAACGGACCUUCGCCCUCGACGCGGCUGCCGCGCAGUAUCGCAGCCGACGAGGACGGCACCCUCCGCCCGGCUUCGACAAAUGGUUCCGCGCGGCCCUGAGCGCCGACGCCGUCAUUGUCGAAGACUACUUUGACAGGAUAUACAAGGACCUGGCUCCCUUUUGGGGCCUCGACCCCGAAUCGACCAAGAAGCGUGCUGGUGCCUGGCACCACGUGGUCAGAGUCCGCAAUGGCAAUGCCACCGGCCAAGGAGACACCACCGGCCGAGUCCCUUGGCUGCAGCUGUGGACUGCUCUCGUCGCCGAGUUCGCCGAGCACUUGCCCGACGUCGACAUGCCCAUCAACUACAUGGACGAGCCCAGACUUCUCGUGCCCUACGAUACCAUUGCGAGCCUGGUGGCAAGGGAAGCCAGGGAGAGACGCAAGGUUGACCCUCGCAACGCCACCUCCGAGUUCACGGGACUCGCCGCCGUCGACGCCGCCAAACCCGAUCCUUACGAUCCUCACUGGCACGGACCCGGCCACCAGUACUGGGACCUAUUUGUCAAGACGUGUGGCCCCGACACCCCAGCCUUUGGCGUCGAGCAAGUCCGCGACAUGUCUGGGCCGGCCGAGUUUCCGCAAGACUACAGACCAAGUUACGCCUACAGAGGCUACGUCCGAAACUUCACCGCCUCCUCAAAUCCCUGCCUGCAGCCGCAUCUGCGCCAGCUCCACGGCAGCUUCAUCGAGCCCAUCAGCCUGUCCUCCACGGAAGAGCUCAUCCCCCUGUUUGGGGGGUCCAAGCUCCCCACCAACAACGAGAUCCUCAUCCCGGGCGCCAUGUACCUCGACCAGGGCGAGUUCUACUCUGGCGGCGAGUCGCACGGCCCGUCGUGGGAUCGAAAGAGGACCGCCGCCGUCUGGCGUGGCGAGAGCUCCGGCGGCCGCGCGCGAGAGCCCAACUGGCACCAUUUCCAGCGCCAGCGCCUCGUCCAGAUGCUCAACGGCACCGUCGUCUCGCAGGUCGAAAAGUCCGGCGUCCGGGCCAAGACGUUUGAGCGCCCCCCCGAGUCCAUCUAUCCCAGUCCACGCCUCCGCGACGGCAACUUGGGCCCCUUUGCCGCCGAGAUUGCCGACGCGGCGUUUGUCAAGCUGUGCCCGCCCUCGGACUGCCCCUUUUACAGCGACGCCUUCUCGGUGCGGGAGCAUCUGCCCAUGAGGCAGCAGUACCAGUACAAGUUCCUCCCCGACGUCGACGGCAACUCCUUCUCGGCGCGGUUCCGCGGCUUCCUCCGCUCCACGAGCCUGCCUCUCAAGGCCACCAUCUACGCAGAGUGGCACGACGACCGCCUCACCCCCUGGGUGCACUUUGUCCCGUUCGACAACACCUUUCAGGACCUGUACCCCGUCCUCGACUUCCUCUCCGACGUCGACGGGACGGGGGACGCCGCCGCCCGCUUCAUCGCCGAGCACGGCCAGUCGUGGGCCGAAAAGGUCCUCCGCAGAGAAGACAUGGGGCUGUACGUGUGGCGGCUGCUGCUCGAGUGGGCGAGGGUGUGUGACGAGAACAGACACACCCUCGGCUACGUCGAUGACUUGACGAACAAGAAGGCCGGUGAGUGA